GAGCGCGGAGUCCCCUUUGCCAUAAAUGGUCACCCGCAGGCAGCCGCAGCAGCGAGCGAGGCGAGAGGCGCGGGGCUGCGCUGAGCUCCGGGAAGGCGCGUCACUGGGGCGGGGGCCGCCCAGCCGCCGGCGCCGGGAGGGAGUCGGGGAGCCCGCCCGGGAUGGACGAUCUGGGCUGAACCGCCACUAACGUUUCUGUAGUGCUGUGCGCUGGGACACCGCACAGACCCGGGAGCAGCGGCGUCCCUGCCUUAGAGUUUGCAAGUUAAGGCCGAUGGACUGGACGAGCAGUGUGGAAGGGACGGCCAAAGGCUGCCAUGGAUAUUUGGGAGGCAUUAACCCAAGUUGCGUGCAGCUGGGUAGUGCUGAUCCCCCUCCCUUCUCGCUUGGCCCCCGUAUUGUCUCAUUUGACGCGCUGCUGGCAGAUCUGGAGACGACUACCUCCCAUAUCUCCAAACGUCCGGUUCUCCUCACAGAGUCUGGAGAAGCUCAUCCCAACGGGCUGAAACAAGACGGGACCUCAGACCCCAAGCCGCCGCCUCCACCUUACAAUCCUCAGCAGCAGGCUGGGCCCACAGCUAUGCCCGUAGAGCCAAUCCCGACCUCCGCCUUGCAAGGUGGAAGUGACAAAGAACACCUUUACAGCACGGUUUGCAAACCCCGCUCGCCCAAGCCCAAGGAGGGAGGUCCGCCGCCCUUCUCCUCCUCCAGCGGAGUCCUUGGCGCAGGCCUCUGCGAGCUGGACCGGCUCCUACAGGAACUCAACGCCACCCAGUUCAACAUCACAGAUGAAAUAAUGUCCCAGUUUCCGACCAGCAAAAGUCCCAGCGGGGAGAAGGGCAAAGACAAGUCGGAAGAUUCUUCAGAUGGCAGUUCUGUAUCUCGGUCUGGAGUUCCUGCAAAACCAUCUGCGACAUCAGCUACCCUGGAGCUGGACAAGCUGAUGGCCUCUUUGUCAGAUUUCCGGGUCCAGAGCAACCUCCCUGCAGCCGCUCCGCCCGCAGUGUCUCCGCCCCCUGCUCCCGCCCGGGUGUCCUCCGCGCAACUGCCGGUGGUGUCGUCUGUCUGCCCCAGCACCCCCGUCUCACCCACGCAGACGUCCCCGGCCCAGCCCAGCGGGAACCUGGACAGCAUGCUUGUCAUGCUGGAGUCCGACCUCAGCCGCCAGGGGAUCUCCACCACGGCCAAGGGGCUGUGCGCAUCUUGCCAGAAGCCGAUGUCCUUGAGGCAGGAGUGGAGAUUCCCCGGCUUUCUGCAAGAGAAUCCUCCCAGGGAGCGAGCAAGCUGCUUCCCCUGGCCAUGGAAACCUUCCAGAAGGCGCCGGCCUUUCCUGGGCGCAGCUGGACCUGCCAAAACUGCCAACUCCACCCGGCCCCCGGAUCCUUCUGUCCAUGGAUGGGGCUGUCUUAGCAAUUCUGGGAUCCUGGGCAAAACUGAAGGGAUCACUGGAGGUCCAACCACACAGUUGAACCCUCUGUAUCCCCAAAGAGAAUCGCUCUGUUUGCUUCGGCCCGUGAGGUUUCUGGGAGGUAAACACGACAUGGGGUGCAAUAUAAUCCAGGCUGAGCCUUGGAGACAAAGCAAGGAGAUUCCAAGCCUAGAGAAAGGGACGAGAGGAGCAGCGAAACUUCCGGAAGGCGGGCAUCCAUUUUGUUUCCUCUUCCUCAACCUGACGGUUAAAUGCAUCCUUUUUAUUAUUAUUAUUUGGCUAUCUGGUGUGUCUUCCCUCUUUGCCAAGGUGGUAACGGCCCUGGGAAGCACAUGGCACCCGGAACAUUUUGUCUGCACGCACUGCCAGAAAGAAAUGGGAGGCAGCAACUUCUUUGAGAAAGAUGGUGCCCCUUACUGCGAGAGGGACUACUUCCAGCUCUUCUCUCCCCGCUGCGGCCUCUGCAAUGAGCCCAUCCUGGAUAAAAUGGUGACCGCGCUGGAUAAGAACUGGCACCCGGAACACUUCUGCUGCGUGAAGUGUGGGCAGCCAUUUGGGGAAGAAGGUUUUCACGAGAAGGACGGGAAGCAGUACUGCCGCCAAGACUUCUACGAGCUCUUUUCCACCCGCUGUCAGGGGUGCAGCCAGGCCAUCUUGGAGAACUACAUCUCUGCUCUAAAUGCCUUGUGGCAUCCAGAAUGUUUUGUCUGCAGGGAAUGCUACACACCCUUUGUGAACGGGAGUUUCUUCGAGCAUGGUGGCCGCCCCUUCUGCGAAAUCCACUAUCACAAGCAGCGAGGCUCGCUCUGUUCGGGCUGCGAGAAACCCAUCACCGGCCGCUGCAUCACGGCCAUGGCGCGCAAGUUCCACCCGGAGCACUUCGUCUGUGCCUUCUGCCUCAAGCAGCUCAACAAAGGCACCUUCAAAGAGCAGAACGACAAGCCCUAUUGCCACCCUUGUUUCAUCAAGCUGUUUGGGUGACACGGGGGUGCCUCAGCCCUGCCACGGCCAAACCAUGCCCACUUCCAACGUGGGAGGGAGGGGAGGGCCCACAGAUCUCAGCCUUUGAUUUAAGCCGCGCCCCUUCCAUUUGUGGGAGGGGCCUGUGCCUUAUGGGCUCCACCCCGUGCCGUCGGAGCCACCGCACCAUUGCCAAAGCCACGCCUCUAGAUAGAGCCACGCGCAAAACCAAACAAGGUGAGAAGCAGGAUUUCAUCCGUGCCUCCCACUCUACUCAGGAGCUAUUCCCUGGUCACGACAGCCCCGCCCCAUCACACGCUGCUUUAAGCCACACCUCCACAAAGCCAUCAUUUCUGACAGGAGGCAGUGCCUUAAGCCACACCCCCACAACCAGCUGGUGAUGUCAUCCAGGUAGGAGGCAGGGACUUAAAGGAGCCACACCUUCCCAUGAUUCUACGCAAUAGCAUGGAAUGGGGCAUACCUGAGCCACUCCCCCCGCCCAUUGGCAGCGCCUGCCCCAGAAGUCAGAAAGCCAUUCAGGGUGGAAUUGGCAGAAAACUUCACUCCCUUACACCUUACCUUACAAUUUUCACCCCAAUAAUUUGCUAAAACCCUCUUAAAGCACUUACUGUCCUUACAAUAACAAGCAUUCAAAGGGGAGGCAGGCAGGGGAGAGAUAACUUCCCUCACCAUUUUUUGCCGAGAUUCAGAGUGGGUUUCUGUGGAAACAUCUUGGAUCCUGGUUGUGUGAGUAGUUUGGGGAACCUGUGCAAAGACUUUCUUCCGUCAUAGCUCCUAAGGGACCAGUUGAGAGCGGAGAUGUGAGCUGGAAGGCCGGCUGGUGUCGAGGAACACGGCGUAACGUAUUUCCCCCUCAUAGGCUGUGGUUGAACAAGCGCUGGAUUGCAUGCCGCGGAACAGCGUCUGGGUUUUGUUUUUAAUUUGUGGUGGGGAGAGGAUGCAGGAUAAUUGCUUACCCUGCAGGCCCACUGUCAACCAAAGCAAAAACAACAGCGUUUAUGUUUCUGUGUCCCAACGGAGCCCGAUGUCUCUGCUCUUAUUCCUGCCACCAGAGUUCUACACUAACCUUCUACCCCGUCACUGCUGUACAUUAUAUAAUAAAAUUCACAUAUAAGAAAGAGAAA